GAAGUGCUCCCCACUGACUCACACCCCCAUCCCUUCAGUUCAGUCCCAUCCUUAUCACCUCCCUCUACGACUCCUACUACCUCUGCAACGUCAAUGUCCUUAGACGCUAAGCUAAUAAAGCCUCCACGCGACUAACAGCCGGACACGUGAGCCAUAUGGGCCUUGUUGCCUCGCUCGCCUCCUUGCUGUCGCCGCCGCCGCGCAGAGAAAGGCAAGCGUGGAUCGUCCCGGAGAAAGCACCGCCGCCACCGCCGCCGCCGCCCACCGUCGCGAGAGGCCGCCGGGCCAUGCCGAUCCAGACGCGGCAGGCGGUGGCGUGUGGUGGCCCCGGCUGCUGCGGGAGGAGGAGGAGCGCGCCGUCAUCGUCGCCGCGCUCGCGCACGUCAUCGGCGCCGGGAGGCGGCCUCCUCCGUCACCGGCCGCGCCGCACGACGGCGUCGGCUCGGCGGCGACGCAGCCGCCGGCGGCCGUGCUGGGGCACGACGAGCUUCAGCAAGCAGUGAUGCGCCAGCAAGCCGCCGCUGCGCCUGCCACGGCGGCGUCGUCGGAGCUGCCGCCGCCGCCGCCGCGGUACCGCGGCGUGCGGCAGCGGCCGUGGGGCAAGUGGGCGGCGGAGAUCCGCGACCCCGUGAAGGCGGCGCGCGUGUGGCUCGGCACCUUCGACACCGCCGAGGACGCCGCGCGCGCCUACGACGACGCCGCGCUCCGCUUCAAGGGCGCCAAGGCCAAGCUCAACUUCCCGCCCGUCGCCUUCCGCCGACCUCAUCAAGCCGGCCACCAGCACGCCGGCGGCGUCUUCGUCGCCGCCCCGGGCCACCACCACCACCACCAUGCCGCCGCCCAGCUCCUCCAUCGCCAGCAAUCGGCCGGGGCGUCUUCGACGUCGUCCACACGUCGCCAUCCAGGACCCGUCCACCAUCUGCAGAGCGCUGCGCCGGGGGCCACCGCCGCCACGAGCUUAGCUGGCAGUGCUGCUCGCGCGCACCAGGAGGAGUUCCCGGACCUCAGCCGGUACGCGCACAUACUGCAGAGCGGGGACCUGGACCUGCUGGCCGUCGCUGGCGGCGGGCUAACGCCGGGGCAGUCGUCGUCGACGACGACGGCGUCAUCAUCGUUGACGGCGCCACCGGAGGAACUGCCGCCACGGCGAGAACAAGCCAGCUAAUCAAGCAAUGCAUCUUGCCCAACAAUGGCAUAUACUGCAGAAUUCUAGCUAGCCACCAUUAGUGAAAAUACAGUACACAUCAGCAAAGUUUCAGAGCCCGUAGGAUCGGAAGUUAGGCAGCUGAUCAUCAUGUACAUGUGCAGGAAAAUCCUGGUGUAAAUCUGUAUAUGCAGGUCAAUGAGACAAUGAUGAUACACGCAGCUUAAGAUGUGUGCAGACGCGUACGCUGAUCAUGAUUCAUGAGAUGUGCUGUUGGUUUGGCCAUCACGUACAUAAUCAAGGAACAAGGUGCUUGGUCAAA